UUCAUCAUUAAUUCAAAAAAGCAAAGAGCAGAGAGCAACAGAGAAAUUGCAGAAGAACAAAAAAAUUCCUACAAAAAUGGUGGCGAUUUCGUUGUACAGAGGAAACCUCCACAGAGUUCCCGACGUACCGCGUCGGUGGCUUAUGCCAACCCCUAAGAUUUCCCUCAAGGACUUCAAAUCCCUUUUAACCCGCCGCUCUGUAGCUCUCUCCCGCCUCCGCUCCGCCCUCCCCGACGCCGCCUCCUCUAACCCUGACCCUGAUUUUGUCCUGGACCAGCUCAACGAAGCUCCAAAGGCGGGAGAUUUGUCUCACCCCACGAUUAAAUUUGAAGCGCCGGAGAAUGUUGAUGAUGAUUGCGCAGCUGGGCCGUCCGGGGAGAAGAAGGAUGGGAAGCAAUCGGACGGUGCUGAUUCUGCGGUGAAAUCCGGCGGUGAGUCCGAUUCGCCGCCUGCUCUUAAGCCCGAUUUGAUUGAGAAAGAGUCGGAUGUUGCGGAUGUUGGUGCGAGUUCACUGGCUGUGAAGGUUGAUAAAUUGGAUGAAGUGGAAAACCCUAAUUCUGAGAGAUGCAACAAAGAGGAGGAGGAGGAGUUAAGUGACAAUCAAAAGAGGAAAAGAGAAGUUGAGGAGAAGCUGCAGGUUUUGAAUCAAAAGAAACAUAAUCUAGUUCAAGUGUUGAAGCAGAUCUUAAAUGCAGAGGAGGAGUUAAAGAGACGAAAUUCCAUGCAAGGAGUGGUGGUUCGCCCGUCUGUAUCACUUCAAGUGGAUGUAACAAAUGACUCCGGUUCAAUGACUAGGCACGCUGCUGCUAGGGUGGGCUCGGAGGCAAACCUUGAGAUGGAAGGGGUUGAGAGCGAUGAGCUUUCAAAUCAUAACAUUCAAUCUCGCCAUAUGUUCCGGAUGAACAGCACAUCCCCAUCUUCAGAGUCUCCUCUCAGAAGGCCAGGUCAUAUUCAGCACAAUGUGGUUCCACACCCCUCUCGAGCAAGUUUAGGGGCAACCGGUACUAGUCCAUCACGCUUUGCUCCCAUAGGGCAACUGGGGCAUCCUGCAAAUCUACCCACGUUAUCCGUAUCAGGAACAAAUUACAUGGCAUCCUCUCCGUCCCCUGCGGCAUCUGGCGGCACUUCUGCUUUCAGAGAUGCUCGAUUGCCAAGUCCAUGGAAUUAGAAUCGGGCUGUGUACUCCCCUUGUUUACAAUGGGGCUCUUUUUUGAACACCAGUGUCUGGUUGAUCGAUAUUUGAUAUCUAUGGCCCUGUCGUCCUUGUAUUCAAAUCCGGGGGGCUUUCAAGGAUCAGAAAACUGUCUCAGUUGGCAUCCCUUUUCGUUUUUCCUCCUCCUCGUCGUCCCCGGCACGGCCAAAAUUUCAUGUCUCCUUGUAUCUUUGUAAAUUGGUAAUGCUUGUUCAAUUAAGCUGUAUUGAAUUUCUUUAGCCUGCAACAUGCGUACUGAUAAUUUUGGUGAAUUUAUGGAACACAUUCUUGAGAAA